GUUAUUAAUCAGUUGUGGCAUUUGACACUUUCAAGUGUCAGUGUCAAGCUUACGUACAGUCUAUUAGCUAUCAUUUGUUUCAAAUAAAUUUUGAAGAUAGAAUAACAGUAAUUGCGUAAACUACAAGUAAAGAUGUCGAUAUCUCCGUUUCUCCGUUCUCCAUUCACGGACCUGACCGGAGGCAUGUACAGCCACCAACUGUUGGGUACAUGUCAAAAGCAAGAGAUGCGCUACAUGGACUGCCUUGAAGCGUACGGAUUAGACCGCGGUAGAAACAAGUGCGCACACCUAUUCGAGGACUUUCAUGAAUGCCAAACAAAAACCAAGCAAUUUAAGAGAUUUGUGGCAAUGCGCAAGGAACGUGAGCGUCAAAUUGCUGAAGGCAAAUUGACAGGAGACAAUAAAUAUGUAACACCAAGAGUUGAUAGCUUUUAAAAAUUAUGUUUAUGAUGCUGUUAUAAAAAUAAUGUAAUAUAGUGAUUUACUUCAC